UGUAAACACAAGCGAUUCAUAGCCUACAAAAAUUAAUGCUCAUUGGAAUUGUUGUGCUUUAUGGAUAGAAUCGAAAAUUUAUGAAAUAAAGGAGAUAAUAAAUAAAUAAUUAAUCAUGACAGUUGAGGGAAUGGGCAGCAAUGAUCAGGUGAUCUUUGUUACUGGGGGAUACGAUCACACAAUUAAGAUAUGGCAAGCACACACUGGAAUCUGUCAACGAACUGUCCAACACACUGUUUCGCAAGUCAAUGCCUUGGAUAUCACUCCAGAUAAGCACGUGAUCGCUGCUGCUGGAUAUCAGAACAUUUUUAUGCACGAUCUGGCCUCGAGUAAUACAAGUUCAGUGCUUAAUUACGAAGGGGCUUCUAAGAAUGUCACUAGUCUUGGGUUUCAGGAAGAUGGGAAGUGGAUGUACACAGGAAGUGAGGAUUUAUCCGCAAGAGUUUGGGACCUCAGGGCGAGUACCUUUCAAUGUCAGAGGAUUUUCCAAGUGUCAGCACCAGUGAACUGUGUCUCCCUCCACCCAAACCAGUCAGAAUUGAUCGUUGGAGAUCAGAGUGGAAUUGUCCACCUCUGGGAUCUGCGAUCAGAUCAUAAUGAACAGUUGAUUCCAGAGGCCGAGGCUUCCAUCCAAGACAUUGCAACAGACCCCGAUGGCACUUACAUGGCAGCAGUUAACAACAAAGGAAACUGCUAUGUCUGGUCUCUAAGUGGUGGAGUGUGUGAGGAACCUACCAAGCUCAAUCCAAGACACAAAAUAGCCGCCCACAAGAGAUACGCAUUGCGCUGUAAAUUCAGCCCAGAUUCUACACUCUUGGUCACUACGUCGGCUGAUCAAACAGCUAGGGUAUGGAAAACAACGGAUUUCUCAGAGAUGCAAGUCUUACAACAUGAGUCUAAGAGAUGGGUCUGGGAUGCUGCUUUUUCUGUUGAUUCUCAAUAUAUUUUUACAGCAUCUUCUGAUGGUGUUGCCAGGCUCUGGAACGUAUCAACAGGAAAAAUCGAGAGAGAAUAUCAAGGGCAUCAGAAAGCCCUCACGGCACUAGCCUUCAGAGAUCAAAUUGUACCUUCCACCUGAAUUUGUAGAAUAAAAAAAACUGUUUCUUUUUUCAAAUAACCUGCGGAUCCUCAGUACAUUUUUACAGCAUCCUCUGAUGGAGUUGCUAGGCUGUGGCAUGUGUCACCAGGAACAAUCGAAAGAAAAUAUCCAAACCAUCAAAAGGCUCUCACAGCACUAGCCUUCAGAGAUCAAAUUGUACCUUCCACUUGUAUUGUUGAAUUAAAAAUAAUAAUUGUUUCGUUUUUCAAACACAA